AUGAGACCUCCUCUAACUGGUGGUAAGAACCCUAGUCCGCCGCUUUUUAACUUACUUCUCUAUUGUUUAGGACGUGGUGGUGGUGGAUUCAGUGGUGGACGAGGAGGUAGCUCUGGAGGUAGAGGUAGAGGAAGAGGUUUUAGUGACCGUGGACGCGGCAGAAGCAUGAACAGAGGUAGAGGAGAUCAGCGUGGUCGCAGCAGAGGAGCACCAGGAGGACGUAGUGGAAUGAAGGGAGGUAGCAAGGUGAUUGUGGAGCCGCACAGACAUCCUGGAGUGUUUAUUGCAAAGGGUAAAGAAGAGGCUCUUGUCACUAAGAACUUGGUUCCUGGUGAAGCUGUUUACAACGAGAAGAGAAUCUCUGUUCAGCAUGAAGAUGGAACUAAGACUGAGUACAGGGUUUGGAACCCUUUCCGUUCUAAGUUGGCAGCUGCUAUUCUCGGUGGUGUUGAUAACAUUUAUAUUAAACCUGGUGCUAAAGUACUGUACCUUGGUGCUGCUUCUGGAACCACAGUCUCCCAUGUAUCUGAUCUUGUUGGUCCUGCUAGGAUCGUGAUUUUGAAUGCAAACUUCUUCCUCAAAACAGGAGGUCACUUUGUUAUCUCAAUCAAGGCUAACUGUAUCGACUCAACAGUUCCAGCAGAAGCAGUGUUUCAGAGCGAAGUGAAGAAGCUGCAACAAGAGCAGUUCAAGCCAGCAGAGCAAGUGACGCUUGAGCCAUUUGAGCGUGACCAUGCUUGUGUCGUUGGUACCUACCGUGCACCUAAGAAGACCAAGGCUGCUACUGCUGCUUAG